GCCAUAUGGGCGUGGUCUGCUUGCUGGCGUUGCGCGAGACGGACAGCAAGCGUGGAUCGUCCCGGAGAAAGCUCUGCCGCCGGUGCUGCUCAGAGCGGAAGCCACCGUCGCGGGAGGCCGCCGGGCCAUGGCGAGCCAGCUGAGUCGGCGGCGGCGGCAGCAGCAGGAGGAGCAGUCGGCGGCGGUGGCGCGUGGUGGCCCCGGCGGCUGCGGGAGGAGGAGGAGCACGCCGUCAUCGUCGCGGCGCUCGCGCACGUCAUCGGCGCCGGGCGGCGGCAGCAGCAGCCGGCGGCGGCCGUGCUCGGGCACGACGGCCAGCGAGUGGCGCACCAGUCUGGCGCUGCUCCAUCGACGGCGCCGGCGCCGGCGUCGUCGGAGCUGCUGCCGCGGCCGCGGUACCGCGGCGUGCGGCAGCGGCCGUGGGGCAAGUGGGCGGCGGAGAUCCGCGACCCCGUGAAGGCGGCCCGCGUGUGGCUCGGCACCUUCGACACCGCCGAGGACGCCGCGCGCGCCUACGACGCCGCCGCGCUCCGCUUCAAGGGCGCCAAGGCCAAGCUCAACUUCCCGCCCGCCGCCUUCCACGGAGCUCAAGGCGGCCAGCAGCACGACGGCGUCGCCGUCGCUUCCCCUGCCCCGGGCUACCACCGCCAUGCCGCCGCCCACCUCCUCCAUCAUCGCCAGCAGUCGGCCGGGGCAGAAGCUUCGACGUCGUCGUCCACAAGUCGUCGUCCGGGACCGGGACCCCUCCACCAUCUGCACGGCGCUGCGCCGGCGGCAGCUGGUGGUGCUCGCGCCCACCACUAUCAGGAGGUGGAGUUCCUGGACCUCAGCCAGUACGCGCACAUACUGCAGAGCGGGGACCUGGACCUGCUGGCCGUCUCCGGCGGGCUAACGCCGGGGCAGUCGUCGUCGUCGGCAACGGCGGCGUCAUCGUCGGCGGCGCCACCGGAGGAACCGCCGCCACGGCGAGAACCACCUAGCUAAGCAAGCAAUCGGAUCGGAGCUAGAGUUCAAGUCCCUUGCAUCUAGCUAGAUACUAGUGUGUUGUGUGUGAUGGUCGUCUUGCCCAAGGGCACAUACUGCUGCAGAACUCUAGCUAGCCACCAUUAGAGAAGUACAUACAUGAGCAGGAAAAUCCUGGUGUAAAUUAACAUAUGUGCAGGAUGGUCAAUGAGAUGAGACGAUGAUACGACGCAGCUUACGCGUAAGCGUGAUCAUCAAGAACAGUGGGAAGUUAGUGUGGCCAGCACGUAAAUAAGUAAUCAAGCAAGGUGCUUUGGUCAAAUGGAGCACUGAUGGA